GUCCUUGUAGUUUGAACCUGAGCGUAUGAGCAUCCAAAUUGUCGCACGCAUUUUUGGUUAAGGCGCUCAUGGCAAUGCCAGCUCCAGAUUUCAGCCUUCGUCUCUUUUUGAUCCCAGAGCGAGUUCAAAUGGAGGAGCAGUUCAAGACACUGAUUGUUCUCUCCCAUUAUCUGGAGACAGGAAGAUUUCGUCAGUUCUGGGAUGAAGCCACUAAAAGUCGUCAUAUAGUUGAAGCUGUGCCAGGAUUCGAGCAAGCAAUCCAGACAUAUGCUAUCCAUGUCCUCUCCCUGACUUAUCAGAAGAUUCCAAGACCUGUACUUGCUGGGGCUAUUAACAUUGAUGGCCUAUCCUUGGACAAAUUCCUUGAACACCAGUCAGCCAACAGUGGUUGGAUUCUUGAGAAGGGCCACGGCAGAGGUCAACUGAUAGUCUUACCUCGGAAUGAAUUUAAUCAUCCCGAGCUGAAGAAAAUUGCUGCUGAUACUGUUCCAUUGGAGCACAUCACCCGUAUUUUCCCCAUUCUUGGUUAACCUCUCUUGAGUAGGAAGAAAAAUGGCUGUUUU